AUGCCCGCCGCGCGACGACUCGCGCUGCGCCUCCUCGCGACGUGCGCGCUCGCCGCGCACGUCGCGUGCGCGGCGGCGUCGCCGACCGCGAGCGGCCGCGCGCUGCUGACGUCAGCAGCGCCGACGCCGAGCGCUCGACGCGCGCGCGCGCUGUCGUCGCUCGCGACGCUCGAGCCCUCGGACGCGUCCGCGGUCCGCGACGCGCUCGAGGCGGCGCCCGUUUCGAGGCGCGGGCUCGUCGAGGUCGCGGUGAACGCGCUGUUCGACGUCUUCGGGUUCGAAGCCGGAGGUGCGUCGUCCGCGGGCGUCCCCGUCCCCGUCCCCGUCCCCGUCCCCGUCCCGGUAGCCCGGGGUCUUCCCGCCGCUUCCGAGUCGCACCCUCGGGGAAAAGUGAUUUUUGGUUUUCUGCUGGUCUUCGUUUUUCGCGAUCUUCUGUCUCGCCCUCCCCCCCCCCUUUCGCCGCUGACGCCGCCGCCGCCGCUGCCGACGACCCCCGCGCAGGCGCGGUGA